AUGAGGGUGGGGAGUGCUGUUACCAAAACUCUGGUUUUCAUACUUCUUAUUCCUGUGCAGAUGCCAUUGUUGGGUCAUGCACCCACAACCAUACCACGUACUCAGUGGACCUUCAAUCUGAAAUGCCAUGAGUGUUCGUCCAUAAACAACUUCGGCUGUGAGACUUUAAGGACGUGUGUGUAUGAAAUUAGGCGCUGUAUGACAAUCGCCAUCCGUUUGAACUCUCGUGAGCUACUCGUUUACAAGAACUGUACUUGGAACUGCACGUUUGUAUAUGCAAGGGACUUGCCUCCUGAAACCCCAAGAAAACUCCCGAGAACGAAUAGUUUCUUUUUUACCUUUUGUUGUAGUGGUAUGACUUGCAAUUCAGGAGGACCUUCUAAUGUUGAGAGGGACUUGUUGACAGAUUACACCACUGAGGAAGAUCUGCCAGAAGGGACCAUGCGCUUGGGGCAGUCUCAGCUUUUCCUGAGCCUCGCCUCCCUCCUGGUCAGCAGCACACUGUUGUGA